UAGGCAGCGGUAUCCAUCUCCAAAGUUAAGCAGUGUCAAACUGAACUGAAGUUGGGAACGAUUGGAAAGUCGCGUCUAUCAAACAAGUGUCUGUUCAGUUCCAACGAAACCUAACUUAAAUUAAUCGUUCUAAAUAACCUGUGCUUUCACAGAACUGACUGAUCUCUGUGAGAUUGCAAAAACAUUCUAUAGAAACAUUGUUGCCUGCCGCUUACCGCAAAAAUGAUGAUGCACUCGUCUCAGAAGGACACCACCUACACAAAGAUAUUUGUAGGGGGUCUUCCAUAUCACACCACGGACUCCAGUCUCAGGAAAUACUUCGAAGUGUUCGGUGAUAUCGACGAGGCUGUUGUUAUAACAGACAGACAGACGGGCAAAUCCAGAGGUUAUGGAUUCGUGACGAUGGCAGACCGGGCGUCUGCAGACCGAGCCUGUAAGGACCCUAACCCCAUCAUCGACGGCAGGAAAGCCAAUGUGAACCUGGCCUACCUGGGGGCCAAGCCCAGGGUCAUGCAGCCAGGUGAGGGGAUGGACGCGCUGGCGGAGGGCUACGCCACACGUUUAUUUCACAGCUUGGACGACCAAGGUUUCUCAUUUGGUGUUCCUCAAAUCCAUCCAGCAUUCAUCCAGAGGCCUUAUGGGAUCCCAGCCCACUACGUCUACCCCCAGGCCUUUAUGCAGCCAAGCACCAUGGUCAUCCCUCAUAGCAUGCAGUCGCCCGCCGCCACGGCCUCCGCCGCCUCCUCCCCGUACCUCGACUACACCGGAGCAGCCUACGCCCAGUACUCAGCCGCAGCUGCCAGCGCCGCGGCCGCCGCUGCCUAUGAGCAGUACCCGUAUGCAGCCUCCCCGGCCCCUGCAGGCUACAUGGCUGCAGCAGGGUAUGGGUAUGCGGUCCAGCAGCCCCUAGCAGCCGCAGCCACCCCAGGAGCAGCCGCUGCAGCUGCAGCCUUCGCCCAGUACCAGCCCCAGCAGCUUCAGGCAGACCGCAUGCAGUAACCAACCACAACUACUACUAUUACUGAGCCUGGUUAACAGAAGAGGGGGAGGCUAUAGAGAGGAGUGGGGAGGUCGUACUGACCCCCAGGAUACUACAAGGGGAGAGGUGGGGGGGUGGGGGGGGGAGUGGUCGUCAAACCUUGGCUUUAGAACAUGCAGCGCUGCUACCAAAAGAGCCUGAAGAAAAUAAUCUCAUAACUGAAGAGAAUAGUUACUUUAUUAUUCAAAUAUCAUCAGUGUUGUCAUCACUAAAGUACUGUUUUUUUGUUGUCAUUAUAUCAGAAAUAUUUAAUAUUUAUUCAUCAGGACAAAUAUCUAGAAUUAUUAUUUAAGAUAUGACUUCAUAACCAACCUUUAAGUUUAAGUUUAUCAUUUUAAGCAUAUUUAAUGUGUAGUAAAUUAAAUGUGUGAUUUUGUACAACCUUCACAAGUGCACUCAAGUCUAAUCAGGUAUUUUCCCCUCAAAUUUCUUAACAACGCAGAUGGUCAAA